CCUCUGUGAAACCUUUUAAACAGUUUUAGUGUCAAGGAUGUGGAAAGCUGUGGUGACCUGAUCAUCACUCAACAACUCACAGUGUGUUUAUUUAACCUUCAACAUCUUGUUGAGCAGAUGCCCAGGUUCCCCAAACAUGUUUUAGUUGAGGAAGGUGGAGUUAGUGAUAUAACGAACAGAUGUAAAGCUCUAUAAAUACUGAACUCUCUCGCUGUUCUGUACCUUGAACACAAGUUCCACACUUGAGACAAAACAGGUUUAAACUGAGAGAAUGCAGGCUCUUCAGGUUCUGUCUCUGACUCUGCUGUCUGUGCUGGCGGUCAGCGCUCAGUCCAUCGGCUCUGGAAAAUGCCCACAGCCUCCUGUUCAGCAAAACUUUGAUCCUACAAGGUACAUGGGGAGAUGGCAUGAGAUCAUGAAGAUUCCAGCCCCGUUCCAGUUAGGAGAGUGUAGCCAAGCCACUUAUACUCUGAGUGACGGCAUUGUCCUGGUUCGAAAUGAUGAGCUUCUUGCUAAUGGCACUAUAAACUUCAUUGAGGGAACUGCCAAGAUUGCAGAUGCAUUAGAGCCUGCCAAACUUGAAGUCAGCUUCUUUGAAGGUGCUCCUCCGGCCCCCUACUGGGUGCUGGCUACUGAUUAUGACACCUACACCCUGGUUUACUCUUGCUCUGAUUUUGCUGGUCUCUUUCAUGCUGAGUUUUCCUGGAUCAUGAGCAGAACCCGCACACUUCCUAAAGAUACCGUCUCUGAGCUGUUAGACAUCCUCAAAUCCCAUGGCAUCAGUACUGAUAGUUUUACUGAGACUGACCAGAGACCGGAGCUGUGCAGCGUUAUGCCUUAAUAGAGCUGUCUUAUUUAAUGAACUACUGUGAGAAAGAAAAAAAACUAUAUAAAUGUAAGCUCUUUACAUACAAUAUUUUUCUCCAUCAGUGGACUGUUGCUUGAGAAUGUGAAUGCAUCUAUCUGCAAAUUAAAUUUCUUUCUUCAAACAGUU